AUGAGUUCAGAUGCUGAAAUGGCAGUUUUUGGUGAAGCUGCGCAAUAUUUGCGCAAACCUGAGAAGGAAAGAAUUGCAUCACAGAGCAGGCCCUUUGAUGCCAAGAAUAGCUGCUUUGUGACAGAUCCUAAAGUGAUGUAUGUAAAAGGAACUAUCAUAUCCCGGGAAGGUGGCAAAGUGACAGUGAAAACCGAAGCUGGGGAGACUGUUACAGUUAAAGAAGACCAAGUCUGCCCACAGAACCCUCCCAAAUUUGACAAAAUUGAAGACAUGGCCAUGUUGACCCAUCUGAAUGAACCCUCUGUGCUGUAUAACCUUUCAGAGCGUUAUGCGGCCUGGAUGAUUUAUACUUACUCUGGCUUAUUCUGCGCCACUGUUAACCCCUACAAGUGGUUGCCUGUGUAUAAUCCUGAAGUGGUUGCUGCCUACCGAGGCAAGAAACGUCAGGAAGCUCCACCCCACAUCUUCUCCAUCUCUGACAAUGCCUAUCAGUUCAUGUUAACUGAUCGCGAGAACCAGUCUAUCCUGAUCACUGGAGAAUCUGGUGCUGGAAAGACUGUAAACACAAAACGUGUCAUCCAGUAUUUUGCAACAAUUGCAGCUAUUGGGGACAAGAAGAAGCAGGAAUCACAGUCAGGCAAAAUGCAGGGAACUCUGGAAGAUCAAAUCAUCCAGGCUAACCCACUGUUAGAAGCCUUCGGUAAUGCCAAGACUGUCAGAAAUGACAACUCCUCUCGUUUUGGUAAAUUUAUCAGAAUCCACUUUGGCACCACAGGAAAACUGGCUUCAGCUGACAUUGAAACUUAUCUGCUGGAAAAAUCUAGAGUAACAUUCCAGCUUCCAACUGAAAGAGGCUAUCAUAUAUUUUACCAAAUUAUAAGCAACAGGAAACCUGAACUUAUUGAUAUGUUGUUGAUCUCCACCAACCCAUACGACUUCCCAUAUUGCAGCCAGGGGGAGAUCUCUGUCAAAAGCAUCAAUGAUGAAGAGGAGCUGAUGGCCACCGAUGAAGCUAUUGACAUUUUGGGCUUCACAAAUGAAGAAAAAGCUGGUAUCUACAAGAUAACUGGUGCGAUUAUGCAUCACGGCAACUUGAAGUUCAAGCAGAAGCAGCGUGAGGAACAGGCAGAGCCCGAUGGCACUGAAGUUGCUGAUAAGGUUGCAUACCUGCUGGGACUGAACUCUGCGGACUUACUGAAGGCAUUGUGUUACCCAAGAGUGAAAGUUGGAAAUGAAUAUGUUACCAAGGCCCAAAAUGUUCCACAGGUGUACAAUGCUGUCGGUGCUCUGACUAGAUCUGUUUAUGAGAAAAUGUUCCUGUGGAUGGUAUUCCGUAUCAACCAGCAGCUGGAUACUAAGCAAGCAAGACAGUUCUUCAUUGGUGUCCUGGAUAUUGCUGGCUUUGAGAUUUUUGAUUUCAACACAUUGGAACAGCUUUGCAUCAACUUUACCAACGAGAAACUGCAACAGUUUUUCAAUCACCAUAUGUUUGUCCUGGAACAAGAAGAGUACAAGAAGGAAGGCAUUGACUGGGAGUUCAUUGACUUUGGUAUGGACCUGGCUGCUUGUAUUGAACUCAUUGAGAAGCCUAUGGGCAUUUUCUCCAUCCUUGAAGAGGAGUGCAUGUUCCCCAAGGCCACAGACACUUCCUUCAAGAACAAGCUCUAUGAACAGCAUCUUGGAAAGUCCAACAACUUCCAGAAGCCCAAACCUGCCAAAGGAAAGGCUGAAGCUCACUUCUCACUGGUGCACUAUGCUGGUGUUGUGGAUUAUAACAUCAGUGGAUGGUUGGAGAAGAAUAAGGACCCACUGAAUGAAACCGUUGUUGGGCUGUACCAGAAGUCUUCCCUAAAACUGCUUGCCUUCUUAUAUGCAAGUUAUGGUGCAGGUGAUGGAGAUACUGGUGGAAAGAAGGGUAAGCAAAAGAAGGGAUCUUCUUUCCAAACAGUGUCUGCUGUCUUUAGGGAAAACUUGAACAAGUUGAUGACUAACCUGAGAAGCACUCAUCCUCACUUUGUACGUUGUCUAAUUCCCAAUGAAACUAAAACACCAGGUGUUAUGGACAAUGGGCUACUUCUACAUCAGUUAAGAUGUAAUGGUGUCUUGGAAGGUAUAAGAAUUUGCAGAAAGGGAUUCCCUAGCAGGAUUAUCUACAGUGAUUUUAAGCAGAGAUACAAAGUUCUUAAUGCAAGUGCCAUCCCUGAGGGUCAGUUCAUUGACAGCAAGAAGGCUUCUGAGAAACUCUUAUCCUCAAUUGAUGUUGAUCAUACCCAGUACAAAUUUGGACACACCAAGGUAUUCUUCAAAGCUGGUCUCUUGGGUAUUCUUGAAGAAAUGCGAGAUGACAAACUUGCACAAAUUAUCACUCGUACACAAGCUGUUUGUCGGGGUUAUUUAAUGAGAGGUGAAUUCAAAAAGAUGGUGGAAAGACGAGAUGCACUAUAUUGUAUCCAGUACAAUAUCAGGUCAUUCAUGAAUGUAAAAACCUGGCCAUGGAUGAUGCUGUACUUCAAAAUAAAGCCUUUGCUGAAGAGUGCAGAGACUGAAAAAGAAAUGGCCAACAUGAAGGAAGAGUUUGAAAAAACCAAGGCAGAGCUUGCAAAGUCAGAGGCCAGAAGAAAAGAGCUGGAAGAAAAAAUGGUUGCUCUUUCCCAGGAGAAGAAUGAUCUUCAGCUGUCAGUUCAGGCAGAAGCAGAAGCUUUAGCUGAUGCAGAAGAGAGGUGUGAAGGCCUCAUCAAGAGUAAGAUUCACCUUGAAGCCAAAGUCAAAGAGAUGAAUGAAAGGCUGGAAGAUGAGGAGGAAUCAAAUGCUGAGUUAACAGCCAAGAAAAGGAAAUUGGAGGAUGAGUGUUCAGAGCUUAAGAAAGACAUUGAUGAUCUAGAACUGACCUUGGCUAAAGUCGAAAAAGAAAAACAUGCUACAGAAAAUAAGGUCAAAAAUCUUACAGAGGAGAUGGCAGCUCUUGAUGAAAGCAUCGCUAAACUGACCAAAGAGAAGAAAGCCCUUCAGGAGGCUCACCAGCAGACCCUUGAUGACCUUCAAGCAGAAGAAGACAAAGUCAACAGUUUGACAAAGGCCAAGAUUAAGCUGGAACAGCAAGUUGAUGAUCUUGAAGGUUCUCUUGAACAAGAGAAAAAAUUGCGUAUGGAUCUGGAAAGAGCUAAAAGGAAGCUAGAAGGUGACCUGAAGCUGGCUCAAGAAACUAUGAUGGAUCUUGAAAAUGACAAACAACAAACUGAAGAAAAGCUAAAAAAGAAAGACUUUGAGCUCAGCCAACUGCAAAGCAAAAUAGAGGAUGAGCAGGCUCUGGGAAUACAGCUACAGAAGAAAAUCAAAGAACUUCAAGCUCGCAUUGAGGAACUUGAAGAAGAAAUUGAAGCUGAACGUGCAUCUCGUGCAAAAAUAGAAAAGCAGAGGUCUGAUCUUGCCAGGGAACUUGAAGAAAUUAGUGAAAGACUUGAAGAAGCUGGUGGUGCAACUGCUGCUCAGAUUGAGAUGAACAAGAAACGUGAAGCAGAGUUUCAGAAACUGCGUCGUGACCUGGAAGAAGCCACACUGCAACAUGAAGCCACAGCUGCAGCUCUCCGUAAGAAGCAGGCUGAUACUGUAGCAGAACUUGGGGAACAGAUUGAUAACUUGCAACGUGUGAAGCAAAAACUUGAGAAGGAAAAAAGUGAGCUGAAGAUGGAAAUUGAUGAUCUUGCCAGCAACAUGGAAUCUGUUUCAAAAUCAAAGGCAAACUUUGAAAAACUUGCUCGUUCAUUGGAAGAUCAACUCAGUGAAGUAAAAGCAAAAGAUGAUGAGCAUGUGCGCCUUAUCAGCGAUCUGACUACUCAGAAAACACGGCUACAAACAGAAAAUGGUGAAUUUUUACGGCAGCUAGAAGAAAAGGAAUCUUUGAUAUCUCAGCUGACGAGAGGCAAACAAGGCUUCAUUCAGCAGACUGAGGAACUGAAAAGGCAUUUAGAAGAAGAAAUUAAGGCCAAGAAUGCUCUGGCACAUGCCUUGCAGUCUGCCCGCCAUGACUGUGACCUGCUCCGUGAACAGUUUGAGGAAGAGCAGGAAGCUAAGGCUGAGCUUCAGCGAGCCAUGUCCAAAGCCAACAGUGAGGUUGCCCAGUGGCGAACCAAAUAUGAAACAGAUGCAGUCCAGCGCACAGAUGAACUUGAGGAAGCAAAGAAAAAGCUUGCUCAACGCCUGCAGGAAGCUGAAGAACAAAUUGAGGCUGUGAACUCCAAAUGUGCUUCUUUAGAAAAGACCAAGCAGAGACUUCAGGCUGAAGUUGAGGAUCUGAUGAUUGAUGUUGAGAGAUCAAAUUCGGCAGCUGCAGCGCUUGACAAAAAGCAGAGAAACUUUGACAAGGUUUUGGCAGAAUGGAAACAGAAGUUUGAAGAAGGCCAGGCUGAACUAGAAGCUGCUCAGAAGGAAUCUCGCAGCUUAAGUACAGAAAUUUUUAAGCUGAAAAAUGCCUAUGAAGAAGCCCUGGACCAACUUGAAACUCUUAAACGUGAAAACAAGAACCUACAACAGGAAAUCUCAGACUUAACUGAACAAAUUGGAGAGAAUGGAAAAAGUAUCCAUGAGCUGGAGAAAGCGAAAAAGCAGGUUGAACAAGAAAAGAGCGACCUUCAAGCUGCACUUGAGGAAGCAGAGGGUUCACUAGAACAUGAAGAAGGCAAAAUACUACGUGUUCAGCUGGAACUGAACCAAGUGAAGUCUGAAAUAGACAGGAAGAUUGCAGAAAAAGACGAAGAGAUUGAACAGCUAAAGAGAAAUAACUUGAGGGUUGUUGAGUCCAUGCAGAGCACACUGGAUUCUGAAAUCAGGAGCAGAAAUGAUGCCCUUAGACUCAAAAAGAAAAUGGAAGGUGAUCUGAAUGAGAUAGAGAUUCAGCUGAGCCAUGCCAACCGACAAGCUACUGAAGCACAGAAACAUCUCAGGACUGUACAAGGACAACUAAAGGAUGCCCAGCUUCACCUAGAUGAUGCUGUUAGAGGACAGGAGGAUCUGAAAGAACAGCUGGCUUUGUCUGAACGCAGGAGUUCCUUGAUGCAGGCCGAACUUGAAGAAAUGAGAGCCAUGCUUGAGCAAACGGAAAGGACUCGCAAGGUUGCUGAGCAGGAACUGCUCGAUGCCAGUGAGCGUGUGCAGCUUCUUCACUCCCAGAACACCAGCAUGAUCAACACAAAGAAGAAGCUGGAAGGUGAUAUCACUCAGCUUCAGUCAGAAGUAGACGAAGCCAUUCAAGAAGCAAGAAAUGCUGAAGAAAAAGCUAAGAAGGCUAUCACAGAUGCUGCAAUGAUGGCUGAGGAGCUGAAGAAGGAACAGGACACCAGUGCCCACCUUGAAAGGAUGAAGAAGAACCUUGAACAGACAGUGAAGGACCUACAACAUCGUCUAGAUGAGGCUGAGCAAUUAGCAAUGAAAGGCGGAAAGAAACAGCUCCAGAAACUGGAGUCUAGGGUACGUGAACUGGAAAAUGAGCUGGAAGCAGAACAGAAACGAGGUACUGAGGCUAUUAAGGGUGUCCGCAAAUAUGAAAGGAGAAUUAAGGAGCUCACAUACCAGUCUGAGGAGGAUAAGAAGAAUAUACUGAGACUUCAGGAUCUGGUUGAUAAACUGCAGCUGAAAGUGAAAGCUUACAAGAGACAAGCUGAAGAAUCUGAGGAGCAGUUCAAUGUCCAACUGUCCAAGUUCAGGAAGGUCCAGCAUGAGCUUGAAGAAGCAGAGGAACGUGCUGAUAUCGCUGAGUCCCAGGUCAACAAGCUCAGAGCUAAGAGCCGUGAUAUUGGUGGCAAGAAAGCAGAAAGAGAAGAAUGAACACCAAAUGCAGUGAAGAAGUGAAGAAAGAAACAAAAUGUGUAUUUCUUCAUUUUCCUGUGUUUUAAGCAUCCAAUAAUUAUU